UAGCGGCAAUGAAGGAGUUCUACGAGGAAGCCAGAUUGAAGAAGCUGGAGAAGGAGAGGAUUUGAAUGGAAAGGAAGGAGGCUGCAGAACGCGAAGCAGAAGAGAAGGAGCGUGCCGAGCGGAAGGAAAAGAAGCGAAUGAAGAAGCACCAGAAGGAGUUGGAGUUAGAAGCCGAGAGACGUGCUGAAAUGAAGAAGGAUAAUGAGAUUCAGCUUGCCAUACGCCUAAGUGAACUGGAGGAUAAUAUGGCAUGCAGGGUGGAGAGUGUGAUUGGGCCGUUGAGGGAGUUAGUCAGACUCGGAAAGAAGAAGGUGACUUACGCUUCAGGCGGUUCAUCGAAAGAACCGGAGGACGAGGUCAGCGACACUAGCGUCACACAGGAGCUGAGUGCAAAGGCUGGACGCUUAUGCAUCUUGGAGAAACGAAAAAGAGGGCCUAAACCAGUCUUUGAGAACAGCCUCCCCAUGGAGGCACCACCGAAACAGACUCCUAAACGAGGAGCUCUUAAGCCAGUGUUGUUGACGACACGAAUGACAAGGUCUAAGGCGAUGGUGAAGAACCCUGGAUCCGUUAAGAGAAUCUCUCUAGUGAAGACGCCGCUGUCCAAUCGAGUAAAAAACACACAGACGCCACGGAAGGCCACUCCGAGGAAGUCGCCUGCGCUCGCGAUCACACCUGCCACGAAGGGAGCAUUACAGCGCCUGCGAUUCCGAAAUGAUGUGAUGGAGGAAUUGAAGGAUUGCGAUGCAACGGAAUUGCAACGCAUAUGCAAGGAGGAAGGCGUCUUGUACGAUGGGAAGGUAGGGGCUAUCUUUGCAAUUGCUGAUAGUCGUACUCGGGAGAAGUUUGAACUAGAUAUUGCCGAGACGAAUGAAGUCAUUGAUGUUGAGGUUCGAAAGGUGAUUAACGACGCGCUGAUGAGCGGGGACUUACCCAAGUGUUUUCUGAAUAGGACACGGAAGAAGGUCCGGAUCGUCUGGGUUAAAAAUUCGGCGGUCGUGGACAUUACGCACAACCAGCGAGAGUUUGCAUCUCGUAAUGUGCUUGUCUGCACCUGUGCAGACCUGCCUUUCCCGAGAUCAGAAGGGCAUGUCCGUUUCCGGCUCAGUGAAAUCGAAGGGUUGCACCCCCUGCUACGUAAUGCGAAGAAUGUACCUCGUGUCGUGAGGGAUGACAGAAUUGAGCUGUUGCACGAGGAAUUAAGGAAUGGGUUUAGUCAGUGGAGGAACUGGAGAGGGGAUCUGUCGCGCAUAGCACGCGAGGAAUUGCAUAAGUGCAUGGGCAGCUGUGCACUGGAUAAGGGUCAGUUGACGACCGCACAUGUGAGAGAUUUGAAGCUGAAACUUCAGGGAUUAGUACUUACUCCUCUCGAUCGCAACCCAAGAGAGACGCUAGUACUUUGUCCUUCCCUGUAUUUCGAGGCAAUGAUGGUCACUUUCGUUAGGAGCCUUGGCUACAAAAUCAUCGAGACACCGUCGAAGGAAGUGCUACGGGAAAUCAGGGAAGACGUAGCAAUAAGAGGAUUGACGAAGUUUGCUAGAUGGGAUAAGGACGGCGACUUCGGAUCUGCGUAUGUCAUCCCGAAGCAGAAGGACGUGAGCAGGUAUAGGCCAAUCUGUCCCACCUUUAUGGAAGCCAUGGUAUGGACGGGACGAGCAGUAUCGAAAGGCAUGAACCACCUGUUGAAGACUCUGCCGAGGAGAUGGCAUUUCAAUCUGACGUCUGUCUCUGGACUUGCCAGCAGGGUAAGGGAGGUCAAUAGGAGGAUCUUGAGGUUGGACGCGGGUGAUGAGGUGCUUACUGUCUCCUUUGACAUAAAGGAGAUGUUCAGUGGACUCCCACACAAAGACAUUAUGGCCGCUGUCGAUUGGCUGCUGGACUUUCAUAGGGGGAAGGGUCGGGUAUCGGUACGAGUGAAUACUCGGGGCAGGGGCUCCUCCUUUGGAAGGACGACAGGAGCCGACCACUGGCGAUCCUUGGAUUUUACGCAAAUGAGGGAGUUCGUGUUGUUGGAGUUACAACAUACUUAUACGUUCGCAACAGGUGUCCUGCUCCAGCAAGUGGUUGCCAUGGGAUACCUAUGGGGAAGACUACAAGUCCACCAUUGGCCUGUAUUCUGUGCGCAUACUCUGAAUACCGUUUUGUGCGGAGCAUCGACGCGGACUCUAGCCUGGUACACGGUACUAGGCUGGUUGAUGAUGUAAUGCUAACUUUAGCAGUCAAGGAACCGAGAAGGGCUCGGAUUCUGGAUCUUUUCCAGAAAUGUUAUCCCGCUGCGCUUACU